GGAAAUACAUAGUUUGACAACUGUCUGAACUGUUGACAUGUUCAGGAGAGUCUCAGCAACAAUGUAGAAAUGAAGCACUUUGCCGUCGGAUUUUGCUGAUUCACUCUAAACUGCUGUUGCAGCCGCGGCUCAUGUUGAGAUCCCAGAUGGCAGAUGUUAGAACAUUAUUGCGGUCCCUCAGGAGAGGGUUUAAGAUUGACAUGCUUAGGGAAGUUGUACGGCAGUAUCCUGUCGUAUGCUUUUUUCUGAUGUCCAUGCUGUCUUCAACCAUCAUUCUCAACAGGUAUCUGCAUAUUCUGAUGAUAUUUUGGUCCUUCCUGGCUGGAGCAAUCACCUUCUAUUGUUCGCUUAGUCCAGACCACCUUGUGCCGAACGUCCUCUUUUCUGUAAAGACCAGGAAAAAACGGCCGGAGCAGCAGGAGCUCUUUCCACUGGGCCACAGCUGUGCAGUCUGUGGGAAAAACAAGUGCACUCGACACAGACCAACUCUUCUUCUGGAAAAGUACCAGCCAUGGUUAGGUUUGAAAGUGCAUUCGAAGGUGGACGCGUCCAUCGGAGAGGUGCUGGAGUUAGUGCUGGAGAACUUUGUGUAUCCUUGGUACAGGGAUAUUACAGAUGACGAGGCCUGUGUGGAUGAAGUGAGGCAGACGUUCCGUUUUUUUGCUUCGGUUCUAGUUCGCAGAGCCCAGAAGGUGGACGUGCCAUCAGUCGCCACUGGUAAAAUGAUGAAGGCAGCCAUGAAGCACAUAGAGAUUGUUGCUAAAGCUCAGCAGAAAGUGAGAAACUCUGAAGGGCUGCAGCAGGCUGCGCUGGAGGAAUACGGUGCAGAUCUACACGUGGCUUUGCGCAGUCGCAGAGAUGAGCUCAACUACUUGAGGAAACUGACUGAGAUGCUCUUCCCUUACGUCAUGCCUCCGAAAGCCACCGACUGCCGGUCCCUGGCCCUGCUGAUUCGAGAGGUCAUGACUGGCUCAGUGUUUCUCCCAACUAUGGACUUCAUGGCUGACCCUGACACAGUGAACCAUAUGGUGCUCAUAUUCAUUGAUGACACUCCUCCUGAGCCAGCGACUGAGCCUCCUUCUACGUUGGUGCCCUUCCUGCAGAAAUAUGCUGACUCACGCAACAAGAAGCCUUCGGUUCUGAAGCUGGACCUGAAGGAGAUCCGGGAGCAGCAGGAUUUAUUGUUCCGCUUUAUGAGUUUCCUGAAACAGGAGGGAGCCUUGCAUGUGCUGCAGUUCUGCCUCACUGUGGAGGAGUUCAAUGAUAAAAUCCUGUGUCCUGAGCUGAGUGACUCUGAGAUGGAGCAACUGCAUGACGAGGUGCAGACCAUCUAUAAGACAUAUUGUCUGGAGGAAAGCAUUGACAAGAUCAGCUUUGAUCCCUUUAUCAUCGAGGAAAUCCGCAGCAUUGCAGAGGGCCCAUACACAGGCGUGGUGAAGCUGCAGCAGAUGUGUUGUCUCUUUGAGGCCUAUGAACAUGUCCUGUCACUGCUGGAGAAUGUCUUCACCCCAUUGUUCUGCCACAGUGAUGAGUAUUUCAGAUACCUGCUGUGUGGGGCUGAAUCUCCUGCCAGGAAUGCUAAACUAAACCGGAAUUUGAGUUUGGAUGAUUUAAGCUCAGACUCCACUCCUCCAGGAUGGGCUGAUAAUAUUAUUAGCCACAGGCCUCUGUCCAUCAACACGAAACCCCCACCCCCAUCAGGUUCCCCAUCUAUCAAAUCCAUCCUGACCCUGCGGCCCAGAAUUCUAAAGUCCCUCCCCACCUCAACAAAGAACACAUCUAAGCGAGGAGAGUCGUUUGGGAUCAGCCGCAUCGGCAGUAAGCUGAAGGGUGUGUUUAGAAGCACCACUAUGGAAGGAGCCAUGCUGCCCGCCUAUACAAUGGUCGAUGGUGACGAGGAUAUGGUGGAAGAGGCUACUGUGGUAGUGGAGGAUGAAUCUCCUGUACCGCUGGACGUGGUCAGCAAUCUAGGAACGCAGAGGAACCUUUCAGCAUGGACCAUCGCCAUUCCCUUUGUGGACUUCUAUGAGGAUGAGGCCAAAAAAGAACGCGUUCCUGUCUUCUGCAUUGAUGUGGAGCGCCAUGACCGCCAGCAUGCCAGUCAUGAGCUGGAAACGUGGUCGAUCUACAGGAGGUACCUUGAGUUUUAUGUCCUGGAGUCCAAACUCACAGAAUUCCAUGGUUCAUUCCAAGAUGCACAGCUACCGUCCAAAAGAAUCAUAGGGCCAAAGAAUUAUGAGUUCUUAAAUUCCAAGCGUGGUGAAUUUGAGGAGUACCUACAGAACUUGCUGCGACAUCCUGAGCUGAGCAACAGUCAACUUCUGGCAGAUUUCCUAUCUCCAUACGGCAUGGAGACACAGUUCCUCGACAAGAUGCUGCCUGACGUCAAUCUAGGAAGGAUUUUUAAAUCAGUACCAGGGAAACUUAUCAAGGAGAAAGGGCAGAACCUGGAGCCAUUCCUCCAGUCCUUCUUCGGCUCGUGUGAGUCUCCAAAACCCAAACCCAGCCGCCCCGAGCUCACCGUCCUCAGCCCCACCGCCGGGAACAAGAAGCUUCUCAAUGAGCUUUACAAAAACAAUGCCAACCAGCCAGACAGCAUGGACAGAAGACAAAACCAGAACUACUUCAUGGAGGUGAUGGAUCUGGAGGGUGUUUAUGACUACAUGAUGUAUGUGGGUCGCAUGGUGUUCCGCAUGCCCGACUGGCUGCACCAUGUGCUGUGUGGAGGUCGGAUACUGUUUAAGAGGACUCUGGAGGCUUACAUGGACAACUACCUUCAGUCCAAACUGGACAAAAUCCUCCAGGAGCACCGCGUCGUCUCUCUAAUCACUCUUCUCAGAGAUGCGGUGUUCUGCGAGAACAAUGAAGAGCGUUCUCCUGAGGACAAACAGAGAAGAGCCAAGCAAACCUUUGAAGAGAUGAUGAACUACUUGCCAGAUAUCGUUGGAAAAUGUAUAGGAGAGGAGAACAAAUCCGAGGGUAUCCAGUUACUCUUCAGCUGCAUUCAGCAGCCUCUCCUCAACAAACAGAUGACAUACGUACUCCUAGACAUCGCUGUUCAGGAGCUGUUUCCAGAACUCCAUUCCAGCACGAAAGAAGAUCCUUCCAGUAGACGGAUGUAAAUAAUAUUCAAAUGUUUUCCUGGGAAUCUGAACUACCUGGGGACAUAUGGACAUUACUGUGUUUAUUGCACUACUGACAUACAAAAAUAAAUAUAUUUAUUAAUCAUUUUA